AUGAAAUUUAAUCGUAAUCUUUUACUCCAAUACCUCCAAGAGCGAAAAAAGGAGGAGAAAGUGGUUAGGAAAAAGAGAGAAAGGAUUAAAGAUAUUAAGACUAAUUUGAAGAAGUAUGGUUUGAAUGAUAAAAAACUAACUCCGUCAGAUAUUGAAAAGUUUGAUAAAGAAGAAAAGCGUAAGAAAAAAGUUAAGGAAGUUAAAUUGUCAACCGAAGAAAUAGAUUUGGAUCAGGAGAAGCAAGAACCGGGGGAAGAAGAACUAAGCGAAAAGAAAGUUAAAAAUAAGAAAAAUAAAUAA